AUGCGGCAUGGAAAUGGUGAACUAACAGAUCUCUCUGCUUAUAGAUCCUUUGUUGUCGGCUCAUUACCUCUGGCAUUUGCGCUUUCCGCUUCUCAAUUGCGAUUAAUAUCCUCGCUUGGCAUGGGAGUUUUGGUUGGAACAUCAUUGAUAGUGAUCAUUCCCGAAGGGGUCGACACCCUUUACAGUGCGAGAUUGCACAGUGGCCAGAAAGACAUCAGUGCUCGGGGUGCAGGGGUGGAUUGGCAACAGGAGGCUCCAGUCGUGGCUGCGACGGUUGAUUCGCAACCAGAGAAUUACAUUAUUCCUCGUUCAUCCCUCACAUUACCGGGACUAUCCUCUGCACCGGAAGGUGCGGUGUAUGUUACACACAACAACGAGCAUCGCGGUCUGCAUGGAAGGAAGGAGGAUACAUCUCAGGACAAGGCAGAUGAAGAUCACGACGAAGAGAGCUCGCCCCAUGCUUGGAUUGGUGUUGCCCUCGUCAGCGGCUUCAUCUUGAUGUACAUGAUCGACAAACUGCCCGAAUUCGCGUCUACUUCAAAGCAACAGAGGCCACCGUAUCACAUCUCUUUGGACAAUUUGGGGUCGGGAUUGCGGCGAACGUCUUCGCCUUCACGGGAGGGUGGAUUACUGGACGCCGCAACUUCUCCCAGACGCAGUCACAGUUUCGCAACCACCACCGGUCUCGUCAUCCAUGCAGCUGCUGAUGGAAUUGCGCUGGGGGCGUCGACCUCGGACACGGGGCUGAGCUUUAUUAUUUUCCUGGCGAUUAUGGUUCACAAGGCACCUGCGUCGUUUGGGCUUACAUCUAUAUUGCUAAAGCAAGGGCUUUCCAGCCGUGCUGCGAGAGCACAUUUGUUGGUUUUCAGCCUGGCAGCCCCCAUGGGUGCCCUUGCGACCUUUUUGUUUGUGCACCUGAUGGGCUCAGGAACCAGUGGGGAUACAACUGGCACCCAAUGGCGGACUGGGAUGCUGCUUCUCUUUUCCGGUGGUACAUUCUUGUAUGUUGCAAUGCAUACGAUGCAGGAGAACAGCCCGAACUCUUCGUCGCGCGAGGUGCACGUUAAUGGAUACGGAGACCCGAGGGAUAUUCCGCUCAAAUCAGACAAGUCGAUGAGAGACUUAAUCGCAUCUGUCGUUGGCAUGAUCUUGCCGUUGUUCCUUCAGAUCGGCCAUGCUCACUGA